AUGGCUUACGCCGGCCUGAAUGGACUCCGUGCAAUGAGCCUCCAGACCAGAGCCGUGAAACGCCCACAAUCCACAGCAAAAGAUAAAGUAAGAGUCUGGGCACUCAGAGGAUGUCCAGUGGCAGAUUUCAGUAAUCAAACCAAGCAAUUCUUGUCAAUAUUUUUCUGUACUAUCAUUAAAAAGCCACUUAGAGGAACUUAAACAAAAGUGGUUUGCCAGUUUAUGGUAUUUUUUUUGUCAACGCUGAGCAGUCCAGGAUAUUUUACUACAUAAUCGUGCUUAGCCAGUGUUUACAGUGGUUUUAACAUCAAACCAGCCAAAAAAAACACAUUUAAAAAAUAUCAAUGGGAAAAAAGGUUUGCAAGGACACAUCUGCCUUGGCUGAGUUUGACUGGCUCUACCUGUCUGUAAGGUGUGGCUAUCCUCUUUUAGGGAAAGCAUAACAUUCACUUUCUCAGUUUCUUUCUAUUCCACCAAGAAGACCGCAUCUCCAGCAAAGAACCCAAGGACAGGUAGUAGAUAAAACUCUCUUUUUAUGUGCGGAGGCAUUCGUUUAGCAAACACUACAGGGUUAGGACUUGGUAUUUUUUGUUCAUCUGUUGCCAGUCCUACAGAUCUGUGAUACAUGAAAGCCAGUGAAAAUUAAUGUACAUGGAAUUAUCGUUUGAAAAAGCAAGUAUUUCAGUGAGCUAUUUAUCUCAAGGGGACUGAUAAUUAUAUUUUACUCACUAGUCUUUUUGAUAUAGGCAUUAUUAAAAAAAAAAUAUAUAAACAUUUACUGGCACUUAAAACACACAUCAUUUAUGUAUUCCUUUUUCUUUCAAUAACUAAAAAUAGUCAAGGCGGUUUAGAAUAAAUAAAAUGAGAUGUAUAUUUGUGUGUAAGGAAUUGUCACUCGCUUAAUUUUUUUUUUUUGUGGCGGUUUAAAUGUUUUAAGAAGUCACUGGAACAGUUCAGAAAAGCUUACAAUCGUCCUGGCUCACACUCUGUCUAUAUAUUGACGAGCAGAACAGUUAGCACAAUGUGUAGCUGAAAUUUCAUGCCCUUUGAAAAGUAAUCAUGUAGUUUUGGCGUUACAAUUGCGCUUUUAAAGUUUCAACCUUGUACAUUGUUGGAAUUUUACAAGGCUACACAGACUACCAUACCUCCAUUAGCUGUGUUUUACAACCGCCUGUUUCAAUCUGAUCACAUUUUGUUGAAUAUGAAUGCUUCUUUGUCACAGAAAAUAUUGUACCGCAUUUAAAGUUUGUUGCAACAAUAUACAUUUUUUUUUCCUUUUAAAUGUCAACAUUGUAACGACUGCUAAAUUAUCCUUGAUGCCACUUUUUGUGAUGUGAUUUAUUUUUUACAUUAUAAAUUCAGGUUGAUAUGUCACCAGACAGGACAACCUCUUCUCACCUUAUUCAGACUGCAAUUAACAUGACAUCAGGAGCCAUGGGUGAGUUUUUAUUUAUUUAUUUAUUGCAUUCUUUGUGUGUUUGUUUACCAGCAAACACAGGUAUGCUUCUGACUAGUGACAACAUAUGACCAGCUAUGAGUAUUGCCUCCAAAUCCACAGUUGUUUUGUGCAAGGCCACCUUUAUCAAGGAACGGCUAGUACAUAUGGCCUCCUGUCCCAAACUGAUUCAUAAAGGAAAAGUUGGUUAAAGAUGAAUAUCAUUAUUGCACUGAACAAGGCCAUUAAAAUAUGCAUUUAUUCGUUUUUCAGUAUUAUUUUCCCAAGCAUCUUAAAUCCUAACUCUUCUGCAAGUUAUUCGGCUAAGCUGAUCCACCCUCCUUUUUUUUUUUUUUUCCUUUUUCCCAAACACCAAUUUCAUUGUUCGUGCUAGGUAGUUUUAAAUCAAAUGCUUCUAAUAGAGAACUUUUGUAGACACCGAGAGCACAUUUAAAGUUAUACGUAAAAUGUAUAUGUAAAACAUGAAAAUAGAGCGGUAUUAUAAAAUUGCUUAUCAUUAAGUACUGGAUCUUUUACAAUGUUAAAUACAUUAAAUAUCACAUGGCAUCCAUGGUUGUGCUGUCAAUUUGUCUUCUACAAGAAAAUCCCUAACCAGAUCCUAGUGAAUAAUUUUGGUAAUUUUAAAUCCCUUAUAUUGGCAACUGAUAGUACAAUAUGUAUGGCACAUUCGUUUGCUAUUUAUUUGCAUGUAUGUUUUAUUGAAAGCUUUUCUAAAAUGUGUGUAUAUAUAAAUGGUUUUUUUUAUUCACACAUUGUAGAAACUUUCUCAAUUUCUCUAUUUGCGUGUCUUCAAAACGUUUGUUUCCCCAUGUGUACAGGUGGCGUUGCAUGUGUGUUUAGUGGACAGCCCUUUGACACUGCAAAGGUGAAAAUGCAGACCUUCCCAUCAAUGUAUCGGGGAUUUUUUGAUUGUGCAAUUCGUACAUAUAAAGUGGACGGGUUUCGUGGCUUAUAUCAUGGUACAAUCCCUGCUCUGGUGGCAAACGUGGGAGAAAACGCCGUCCUGUUUGCGUGUUAUGGCUUCUGUCAGGAUAUUGUUGCCUAUAGCAUGGGAAUUCAACAUGCCUCACAACUCAGUAAUUUUCAGAAAGCCACCGCAGGGUCCAUGGCCGCAGUAUUCUCUUCCCUGGUGCUUUGUCCCACAGAACUGGUGAAGUGCCGUAUGCAGACUCAACAUGAAAUGCGCUUGUUGGGCAACAAAGACAUACCAAGGAGAAGGUCAGUAAUCUUAUUAAAUUGUAUGUAUAUCUUUUUUUUUUUUCUUUGGGUCAAUGAAUAGAAAGGCGUAUGCAUGGAACAGGACGGUGUGGUUGCAUGUGUGAUAGAAUCCCAUCAUGAGUAAAGUCAUUCAGAAGGGACGUUAUUUACAAUGAGUAUUCUUUUCUGGUCUGGUAGAAAGAGCUGACUUAUAAGUUGUGAAUACAGGGUAGUCCUAUCACCCUAAUCAAUGUGCACAGCUAGCUUUGAUCCUUGGUUUGUUUCGUCUACAUGUUUAAAGUAUAUAUUUGAUUAAGAUAAAAUGUUUCCUGUUGGUAUUUUAAACAAGUUAACUUAAUUUUCUAGGCCACCCCUUAAAAUGUUCAUAGUUUUCCUCUAAGUAUAUAAGCACAAAGAAGGAACAUAUUGGUAAAAUACAUUAAAUUAGAGUACCUUAAAGGACCACUAUAGUGCCAGGAAAACAUACUCGUUUUCCUGGCACUAUAGUGCCCUGAGGGUGCCCCCACCCUCAGGGUCCCCCUCCCGCCCGGCUCUGGAAAGUGGUAAAAACGUACCUUUUUCCAGCGCUGGGCGGGGAGCUCUUCUCCUCCAAUCCUCCUCCUCUCCUCCCAUUCGGCUGAAUGCGCACGCGCGGCAAGAGCUGCGCGCGCAUUCAGCCGGUCGCAUAGGAAAGCAUUUGCAAUGCUUUCCUAUGGACGCUUGCGUGCUCUCACUGUGAUUUUCACAAUGAGAAUCACGCAAGCGCCUCUAGCGGCUGUCAGUGAGACAGCCUCUAGAGGAUUUGGAGGAAGGAUUAACCCAUUUAUAAACUGCUAUGUUUAUUAAAAAAAUGGGUUAAUCCUAGAGGGACCCGGCACCCAGACCACUUCAUUAAGCUGAAGUGGUCUGGGUGCCUAGAGUGGUCCUUUAAUGGUCGUGUUUGGUAAGGUCAUUGAAAUCUUUUAUUUACCAUCAGUAAUGUUUCUUGUGAAUAAUUCAUAAGCAUAUAAUAUCUAUUUUUUUCUUGCAAACAAUUUGCUGGGCUCAUAUUUUCACUGGUGCUAGGCCACUGACCUCUAGUGGACUAAAUGAAUAUAUAGCACAAAAACCAAAAAGUUACCUGCACUCUAUCUUUGACUUUAUUUUUUUUUUUUUCUUCUAAGCCAUAUUUUCUCUUACCACAAGGAGGCACUGUUUCCAAAUGGGUACAUAACUAACUGAUAAAAACGGAUUCUGUUUUUUGAGUACAAAUAAUAGUGCUUUCAGAGUUUGCAAAUGCUUCAUACCUUUGACUGAGGUAAUCCUUUUAUUUUGCAUAAAUUAAAAUGUGAUAAAACAAAGAAAUGUAUAAACAAAUCUGAAAAGUGCCCAUAUUUCAUAUGAGGCAUUGCUAACUAAAUACCUAUUUGAUUCACUUUAACGGAUACUCUGUUGCUUUAUGUAAUGUCUUCUAAUGUUACAAUGUGCUCUUCUGAUAAACUUUUUUAUUAAAGUCACUCUCAAGGGUAGAUUUCAGCACCAUUUUUUGAUGAUGUAUUAAAUAGAGAAAUAUUUAUUCAAAUAAAAAGAUACCUCGGCUCCCUUCUCUCUCGCACUGAGCACUGAACUUAUUUAGGGGGCGACCAGGGGUGUUUCUAUUUCUAGGUUAAAGGCUGAGUCAGGCAGGAGCCCGGAGUGGGGAGGUAAAGAAUCUUGGGUCUGUUUGUUACCCUUUCUUGUCUGCUACAAGCCUAGUGUAAUAUGGAGGGAAAAUAACACCUUCAGUUACAUGUGCCAGUGCCUCUUUAAUAAACAUGUGAUUAAUUAUAAGCUGGAGUGUGGGAGCGUUGCUGUGCGUGCGGGUUUAAUUAGAAUGAUUUAUAUUGCACUAACAUAUUCUGUACAAUAUGUAAACAAGACAAACAUUUCAUUCUGACAUAAAAAUGUAUGACAUACAGGGUGAAGAUGAAGAGAGCUGUGCCUUAACAAGCUUACAAUCUAACGAUGUUGGUUUGUGUUGAACGCAGCAAGGGCAAAUUUAAAGGGACACUGUAGGCACCCAGACCACUUCAGCUCAUUGAAGUGGUCUGGGUGCUGUGUUCCUUUUGCACCUAGUGCUGCAAUGUAAACAUUGCAGUUCCAGAGAACGAAGUCUGCCCUCAGUGGCUGUUUAUCAGACAGCCACUGGCGGCGCUUCUGGAAUCGUAACAGACUUUUGCUCUGUUAUCUGACGUUGGACAUCCUCACUCUCUGCAUGAGUACCUCCAGCGUCAGAUUUUCCCCAUAGGAAAGCUCUGAUUCAAUGCUUUUCUAUGGGGAGCUCUAAUGCGCUUGCAGCAUUUGCCGCGCCUGUGCAUUAGACGCUGCUCGUCGCGGGACAGGAGGGGGCGGAGCUUCGACCCAGCGCCGAAGGGACGUCCGCACUGGGAUAAGGUAUGUAAAUUAAUUUUUAACCCUUUAUUUACGAGGGGGGGGGAGGCAGAGGGAUCGGUGGUUCCAGGAAUACAGCUUUGUAUUCCUGGCACUACAGUAUCCCUUUAAUAUAGCUUGGGGUGUGAGUCAAUGCAGUAUUGUUUUACAACUAAAGGUUCAUGUAAUACAAUGAAUUAGUUCAAACAUCUGGUGUCAUAAUAUUCAUAAAACAUAUCGGUGUGGAACACGGGGUGGGAUUUUGUAAAUUACUCUUAAGCUAAGGUCCUUGGCCUUUUUGCUGCCUAGUAUAACCCCUGGUAAUGUCCCUUCAAACUGCAAUGUGAUGGCGAUAUCUGACCUUCCACCUAAAUCCAUAGGAGAAGCAUUACUUAUAUGAUGAAUUGAAGCUGUAUUGAACCGUCCAAGGAGACCCCGAUUUAUUCCUAUAGAGACACUGCGCAUAUCCAUUAGCAAGUGUGUAGAUGUAAACACACAUCCGUUUUUAGUGGAAGAAAUUAAUGAAGAGAGUGAGGGGCCUAGCAGAAAGCCCCAGUGUUAGAUGGUCUUUUAUCAAACAGAAAUAAUGUCCGAGUGGUGGGGGAGAAGAAAAAUAAGGAUUAGAGAAAUGUUUUUUCUGUGCCAGGGGAAAUGAAUAGAGCAUUGUGACUGGAACAGCUCAGCCUUUCACAUGACACGUUAAGCAGUGAUGUAGAGGAGAUCUUUGGUACAUUGAUUUGUCACUGCUUUGCAUUGUGUGGCUUUUGAUUUUUAUUUUAUUUUUUGUUUGUGUGUGUGCCUCAGUUUGUAUUUUUCUUUAUUGUUGCUUCAUAUUUCUGUGGCUAUUGUGUGGCUUUUUGUUAAAUGGCGUCUCCGGGCACCCUGACCACUUGAAAUGACUGAAGUGGUCAUGGUACUUAGUCUGUGCAGCAUAACGUACGGAGUUUAACCCGUUUGCUGUUGGAGAUGUAACUCAAUACAGUUAGACACAGCUAGUCCAAAACAAGAAUUCCAGGCUGGCUAAUGUCCAUCUGUAAAUAUUCUGCGCAUCGACGCUUAUUCAUUGGCGGAGAGCAAUCCGCUGCCGCUCUCAGCCAAUGAAUGAGCAUCCAGAUCAGCCAGGUGUCUUAAAUCUGUUUGAGAGGAGACCAGGCGCCCGAUAGGAACCCAAGAAGGAGGGCAAGCUGUUGCCAGGGUACUCUACCAUCAUACAAAAAAAGCAGUAUAUGUGUACACAAACCACAAUGCAAAAGGUGCUCAAUUAGCAAUAAGCAGAAAAAAUCCACCCUGGCCGGGUGGGGUUCCCCAAAGACCUUCCUCUUGUCUUCAAUAGUACAUACACAAAAAAGGGGGACAAUCUGCUAAAUCAAAUGACAAGAACAGUACAUAGCAUAAUAAUGUAUAUAUAAGUAAACCAGAUGUCAAAUUCACAAAUGGCCACUCACACUCUUGUAGAAAUUAGAAUGCCUUUAGAAUGGUUUUCUUUUUCAGCAUAUAUGCCCUUUCAAAUUCAAUUCUUCCAUCUCUAUUCAAUAUCCCAUGAAAUGGUUGAAAGGUGUGUGCUCAAGAAAAAAAUUAUAACAAAAUUGUAGUGCACAUUCAAAAGUAGAAUAAAAUAAAUGUAAUAACUUACAUCAAGGUAUAAAACAAUAGAUGUAUUCUCACUGUCACCACUAGGGGUCCUACGCGUUUCGUCCGUAUAUAGGACUUCCUCAUGGACUUCAGUGACCAGCAAUGACGAAGAAACAAAUGAACUCCUACCAUCAUAACUGCUACAGAGGACUGUGGAAGUUACAAUGUUUGGACUAACUCUCAAAGUAUUAAAAACGUUAAACUUCAACCACUAGGAAACACUUCAGUGAUUUAAAGUAGUGGUCUUGGUGGUAGGAGGUGCUCUGUGUUUGCAGUGGGGAUGGUUGCAUUUCCAGCAAUCAUGGCUUUAGCAACCCAGAACUCUGUUCCUGCCUUUUAAAUGUCAAAGCACGCUGCCAAUGGAUCUGUUGCGCUUCUCAAAGUCCUAUUGGCGCAGUUGUUUUUUAAUAUUUCCCUCCUCCUUCCCUCUCUGUCUCCCUCCUUCAGCUUGUUGUUCUCAGAGACAGUUAGGUAUCAUUCACAGGCUUCUAUAAGAGAAGCCUGUGUUUAAAUCUUGCGCGGCUGACGUCAUGAGGGGACGUGGAAAGCCGCAACGAGAGCAUUACUUAGCUUUGGAUUCCAGGUAAGAAAACGUAACUUUAAAGUAUUUUCUAGCGAUUGGGAAGGGGAGGAAUUUAAAUAAUAAUUCCCAAUAGGACGUUAUUAAUUAGGCUAUAAAAAUGCAUUUAAUAGAGUUUGUGUAACCCUAAGAACCUGUAUUACUGGAAUAUUUAGGAAUCCUCUCUGAAUUCACUCACAUUUUUAGUGGCAUUGUGUUUGAAGUAGGGACACGUUGUGCCAAGUAAUAAUUAAGGGACACUAUAGUCACCAAAACAACUUUAGCAUACUGAAGCAGUUUGAGUGUAUAGAUCAUGCCCCUGCAGUCUCACUGCUCAAUUCUUUGCCAUUUAGGCAUUGAAUUGCUUUGGCAUCUGUGUAUGCAUCCCUAGUCACACCUCCCAUGUCAUUCACACAUCCAACUGGGAAAAAAUGGUUUCAUUUUCAUUCAGAUGUAAACCUGCUUUAUAUGUUUUUGUUCUCCUGCUCUAUAAAUUGAACUUUAAUUAUAUACAGGAGGCUCCUAGCAGAGAAGGAGAUAAGAAACUGUAGACUGAACAUACUGUGCAGUAAAGGAACUCACAAUCUAUAGGUCCCUCUUCAGGAAUUGUUUAGGAUGGAGGAAGGUGUGACUAGGGCUACAUAAACAAAGUGAUUUAACUCGUAAAUGGCAGAGAAUUGAGCGGUGAAACUGCAAUGGCUAUUGAAAUUAGUGGGUUGGUGGGUCAGUGAAAGGCGGAGAGUGUCUGCCAACACUCUCUCUGCCUAUCACUGGAUGCCCAUUGUGAGUAAUACUACAUACUAUAAGGGAUUAAAAUUGAACAGAGUGGGUACAGCUAUCAGGCACCUGGGCCAAAGAAAGGAAAAGAGAAGACAGAGUUACCAGCUUAUAGGUGGAUCAACGUUGGAGUUAAACCUUUCAAAAACAGAUUGACCCCAAAAAUGAGAUGGUGCCCAGUCACUCCUGCCGCUGAAAGAAACGUCACGGAGAGGAAGUUAUUGGGGUGAAGUGAUUACAUUACUGUAUUGCUCUUUUAAUUUCCACUGUUUUAAGUUUUUUAAGUGACUCCUUUUAAACUAUCUAUUAGUUAAUCUAUUUUAUAUUUUCCACUCUUGAUAGGAAUUUUAAACAAUGUCUAAGCAAUUUACAAAUUAUUGCGUUAACUGCCACACUUUUGAAACAGAUUUGUAGAAACUGCCUGGACGCACACACUAGUGUACAAAACCAAACUUUAUUUAGGAGCAAAGGCUCACAAACUGGGUGUUUAUCAAGAGGCUUGAUAAUAAAAGAAAUUAAAUGGUUUGUAAUGCCGGGUCCUUGACUUACGCUAUUUGCACACUGUUACUCUCUCAGCACACCAUGGUCCGUUGUCCACUCUAUCAUAAACACGGAGGGCGUGCCUGGCCUCUUUCGCGGUCUCAGCAGCACGUGGUUACGAGAGAUUCCAGGAUAUUUCUUCUUUUUUGGUGGUUACGAGCUGAGUAAUACUAUCCUUAACAGAAACAGCAGAGAGCCUCCGGGUGAGUGCGAUGGAUUAAUGAAAUGUUAGAGUACAUACUGCCCCUCCAACGUGUGAGUAAAAGUCUUUAUUCAUUUUAUUUUUCAGGUGCGCUGAUGGUCACAGUAAGUGGCGGUGUAGGAGGAGCCUGUUUCUGGCUUGCAGUAUAUCCAGUAGAUUCUGUAAAAUCAAGGAUUCAAGUUCUGUCCCCAGGCAAACACUCAGCGGGCUUCAUCCUGUCUUUGCUGCAUAUUUUCAGGACUGAAGGUGAGAAUCCACUAGUAAUUGGGAAAAUGUCACUACUUAAUUCUCCGCCAUUAGGAGUGAAAUCACUUUUUGCAGCCCUAGCCACACCUCCUCUGGCCGUCACUCACACAGCUUCUCUUCAUACUUCCUGAAAAUUAGUCUAAAUGUCAUACUUGUAUAAGAGCUUAAGCAAAAAUGUUUCAAUGUGGAUGAUGACUAAACGGUCCUUUACUCUGUGGUACAGUGUUUGUCGCUCUAAUCUACUGCAAGCAGUUAAACAUCCACUUCUCAAGGGGGUCCAUCUGUGAAUUUCCCCCAAUAAACAAAAGAAUGAAGAUAUUGUGUCCCAUUAUCAAAAAGAUAAUGGUGCCUAUAAAUUAAAAAAUGCAUUUCCUUUAUUGCAAACAAAUUAAAAACUAUUACUCUCAUAAGCAAUAGUAAUGGCUUAAAGACUUCCAAAGAUGGAUUAGAAGUACACAGAUCCUUAUAUAAAAGAUUUACUUAUCGCGUUGGACUCUUCUACAGUUUUAUAUGUGAGUUUCUAAAGGGACACUAUAGUCACCAGAACCACUACCACUUAAUGUAAUGGUUCUGAUGUCUAUACCUUGUCCAUGCAGGCUGAGCAGGGGAAAUGCUGCCUUUUCAGAGAAAAGGCAAUGUUUAAAUUUCUGCCUAGUAACACCUCUAGUGGCAGUCAUUCAUACUGCCGCUAGAGAUGCUUCCUGUGUCGUUGCUUAACUGUGUUGAGCACUUACUUUCAUCGUCUCCACGCUCUGCAUGCAGAUGCCCAACGCUCUUUAUAGAGAUGCGUUGAUUCCAUGCAUCUCUAUAAGGAGAUGCUGAUUGGCUCAAUGCAGCAUUUUGCCAUAAAUGUGCAAUAGCCUCCCAAUGCUCUCCUAUGGUAAAGCAUUGGUUUGGCUGAGAUAGUCAAGGUUGAUAUCUGCCAUGAAGCCGGAGCCAGCCACAGAGAGACCAGCGAGGCGUUGGAGGAGGUUAGUAAAGAAUACUUUUUAGCUUCAAUCUGAGGGGGACCAGGGACCUAAACAUGUAGUCUAACACUAUAGGGUUUCUCCAACACUUUUUUUUUUUGUAUUGAUUAAAAUAAAACCCUAUUGGCAUUAUUAUUUAGGUCCCCUAAAAGAAAGAGCACAUUUUAAAACAGUUAUUACUUAUCUUUAUCCAGUUACGGGAAAAGCUCCAUUAAAAGAUUCUCACAGAGAAAAAAUAUAUUGGCGAACUGGAUAGGGAGGAGGGAGGGCUGCUUUCAUUAUGAUAGGAGGAGGAGACAUUAGCUUCCCUUUGCAGGCUGUGAGAAGCAGUUACAUCUGUAGCACGCAUCUAUGACAGAUGUAAAAUAGGCACAGAAUUUACAUUAGGCAGUCGGGAAUAGAGUUCUGGGCUGCUUAAGACACAUGUGCUGGGGUGCCACUGGCCCUGGCACAUAAUUGCCAAUAACUCUGUGCAAGAUUUCAAGCUGAAAUAUUGAAUGUGCAGAAACCUUCCACCAUGACAACUUCAAAAAGCCGUAUAGGCCAUGGUGGUUGGAGUAACCCUUUUAAGCCAUUACCGUUUGUUUUAUGUGAUGAAUUGGUUUUUAAUGCAUUUAGAAUAAGGAAAUAAAUAUAUUUUUAUUAGAUUAAAUGUUAAACUUCCCUCACAGUACGCUACGAAUGUAGUACUUCUUGUCUCUUGUUCUGCAGCAGUCUUCUGUGUGUGUAAUUAAUAUUCAAUUACCAGUACUAGAGACCGGAACAUCCCAAGAAAACACACAGUGCUAUGAGAUCUGAUUGAAAAUGAAACCUUUACUUCAUAGAGGAUUUGUAAGUCACAGCCAGAGGAGGUGUGACUUUAGGAGGGGGUUCCUGCUCUCCUUUGUCACUCAGUUGUUAAUAUAGACAUAUUCUGAAGCUGUUUUGUCUUAUUUUUUGUAGUCUUUUAUUAGAGCAGUUAAAGUUAAAUAAAAACUCUGGCACCAAAACCACCAAAUGCCAUUUAAGUGGUUAUGGUGUUCGGAGACCCCAAGCGCCUUCUUACUUUCUGCAGUAUUCCUUGAAAACCUAACUUUAAAGGAAUACUGGAGACACACACCGCACUGCAGCUUGCGUCUGGCUGUCAUUAAUUUCAACAGUUUUUAUAAAAAUGAGGAUUUCAAUAGAAAUUUUCAUUAACUGUGUAUUGAAACACCUCUCCAUCUGGCGCUCAGACAGCCGGGGAGGUUUUUUCCCCUCUUCCUUUAGCUUCACAGAAAUAACAGAAGUGGGUGGUACACUGGGUUAGAGUGUGGUUGCCUACACCCCCUUAUCAGUGAGCUGUACUACAGCUCAUUGAAAAGCAUUGGAAUGCUGCAAUUAUGUGUCUGCCCAUGACUCCCGCUCAGAGGCUUCUCAGUGAGCAGCCUUUAACUGACCAAUUCCCUGGCAAAGACACAAAAUCUGUGCUGUGGUUAGAGGGCCUGCAAAGGCAGCAGACAACAGGUGUGCAACUUUUGCAAUCCGUUUUUUUCAUAUAUAUUCAUGUUUGCUCUGGGGUUUAUCUACUUAUUAGAUUUAAAAAAAAAUCAGUUGAGUGUUCCUUUAAAAUUAUUAUUUUAUAUAUAAAGUUGGUGCAGCUAAACCUUCUUGUCAGGCUCAGCCAACUGCUGGAUUAGGUCGAUUGGAGUUGUAUUCCUCAUAAGGUGUUUAGCAAGUGUUUACCUCAAUAUGCCUUAUUUUUAUUUUAAAGGAGCACUAUAGUCAAAAUAUAAAAGCAAGAAAGACCGGUCCUAGCAGGGCCGGUGCAAAGAAUUUUGGGUACAUAGGCGAAGAUGCAUUUUUCCGCCCCCCCAAAAACAUCUUCACCCAUGUGCCUCUUAACCUCCCUUUUGUGUUUAUUAUACCGUCUUUUAAAUAUCUGACUCCCUUUAGUGUAUUUUAUCUCCUAUUUUUGCCUUUGUGUGUCUCCUAUCUCUCCUCUUUGUAUGACUCUUACAUCCUCCCACAUUUUGUGUCUUACUCCUCCCAGCCCCUUUGUGUGACUCCUUUUCUCCCAGCCCAUUUGUGUCUUUUAUUCUUCCCAGCUCCUUUGUGUGUGUCUCUUUCCUUCUCAAGCCCCGCUGUGUGUUUCUUUCACAUCCAGCCCCUCUCCCCAUCCCUUAAUGGUCCCCUCCCUUCUCUGACCCUUAUUGUUCCUUUCCCUUCCCGCCUCCUUUCCCUGUCCCUUAGUGUUCCUCUCCCCUCCCCCAUCUGUUGGCUGUCGCUUAGUGUUCCUCUCCCCCCCUCCCUCCUUUUCCUGUACCUUAGGGUAUCUCUCCCCUCCUCUCCCUGUCCCUUGGUGCGCCACCCACCCCAUAGUGGUCCCCUCCCCUUCCUGGUGUGCCUCCUACCUUUUUUGUAACGUGGCUGAGCGGAGCGAAUCCCGGUACAGUGAGCUUUUCCUGUAAGUUCUGCCAGGUACAGGAAACAGAAGUUCCUGUACCACGGUACACUCCGCUUGGCCACGCUACAGUCAGGGGUGUAUAAACACUGACAGUCACACACACUCAGUGACAAACACACAGACAUCUCUGACAGCCAGACUCACUUAUCUGACACACUCAUUCAUUGACAGACACUCACACGCACACUGACAGACACACAAACACUGACAGACUCAUUGAAAAACACACACUGACACACACACACACACACACACAAACUCACAGACACUGACAGACACACGUGCACACAUGCACAUACUGACAGACACACUCACUCACACACACUGACAGACACACUCACUCACACACACUGACAGACACACAUACUCACACACACACUGACAGACACAAAUACUCUCACACACACACACACUGACAGACACACAUACUCUCACACACACACACACACUGACAGACACACAUACUCACACGCACACACACACUGACAGACACACAUACUCACACACACACUGACAGACACACAUACUCACAUGCACAGACACACAUACUCACAUGCACAGACACACAUACUCACAUACACACACACACACUGACAGACACACUCACACACACACUCACACACACUGACAGACACACUCACUCACUCACACGCUGACAAACACACAUACUCACAUGCACACACACACUGACACACAUUCUCACACACACACUGACAGACACACUCACUCACACACACACUCACACACACUGACAGACACACUCACACACUGACAGACACACAUACUCACAUGUACACACACACACAGUAAUUAAUAAUCUAAAUUACAUUUAAAUUUCCCACCCAGCCUCCCUACCUGGAGAGCUGGCGUGGGUCUCUCAUUGGUGAUCCAGUAGGGCUGCUGGGAGGCAUGCGGCUGAAUUGGAUGGUGGCGAGGGAGCUCUGAUCUCUCUGAUCUGCUCCCUCGCAGGCUGUUUACUGAUGCCGCGGGAGCCGGAAUAUGACGUCAUCAGUAAACAGCCUGCGAGGGAGUACAUCAGAGAGAUCAGAGCUCCCUCGGCAUCCAAUGCAGCUGCACGCCGCGCCGGGGAUCCAGGAUGUGACCUGGCAGGAGGGAGCACUUCCCUCCUGCCGGUCACUGGAAUUUUGCGCCCCCAGAGCCGUUGCGCCCUAAGGCGGCCGCCUGUGCCGCCUUAUGGACGCGCCGGCCCUGGGUCCUAGCCUUCUUUCUUGCUUUUAUUUUCAUUUACCCUUAAAAAAAAAAAAAUCACAAAUUUUAAAUCCUUUUUAUAAUUCUUUAUUUUAUUUGUGCAUAUGAUUAACAGAUGGGUUUGCUUUGCCACAACAACAGGAGCAAACUGAACGCUACACACGUAAGAACAAUAUUAUGGCAUUGAAGGCAUUGCACAUUUCUUUUGUUAUCAGGAUAAACAUAAAUGUCUUUGCAUAAUGUGGUACAGGGUGGACAACAAGGUUAGGUGAUAACUUGUCAUGCCAGUUAAAAUUCUCUUAAUAAUGCAUAUUGGCUGUUACUGUAAUAUUCUGAUCUCGGCUUAAAUCAAAGAUAAUCUUGUAUAGCCUAGUGUGUGAGAUGCAUGAAAUUUAUAGCGAUCAAACUUAUUGUGUGUUUCAUGCCUAGCUAGCCAUUGAUGCUAACUCUAUUCAAUAUGUUUGUUGGGGUAUUGCUAUGGGUGAUGGUAUCGGUUUUUCUGAAGCUUAAGGCGGCGAACUGUGUGUUCCCUGGGGAGGUAAACCGUUUCGUUACGUCUAGCAGGGUAAUGCAGGUAUUACCAGGUUAUGUGUGCGGUGUAGCUGUAUUUGCCAAGAGGAGUUAACAACCUGUCUGUCCGAGGAUAGCAGUAGCAAGGAUAAGGUACGUUUGAGAAUGCAUAUGAAGAAACAUCUAAGAAAGUUAAAUCCUUUUUAAAAAUAAAAAUUUACCGCCGUCCCAGCACCGAGCUCCUCCACAGGCCACGCCCUUAUUUUCCUCAAAAUCGAAAUAGCAGGGUUCAAUCAGACGCUUCUCUUAGAGAAGAGUCACAGCUGUCUGGUGCGCAUGCGCGGCUUCACGCUGCACUAAUCGGGUUCUUCAUAGAGCGGCAUUGACUGGUAUGUGCAUUCGCAAGCUGAGCUGACUGACAGCUCGCUAUCUAGGCCCGCCCCCCUCCUACCGCAACCCUCCAAAGCCAAAAGUUUGUAUACAAACACUAUAUAUAGAGAUAUCUCCAUAUAUAGUAUUUGUAUAAAAACACAAAUUGUAAAUAAAUAUUGUAAACAUACACACACUAUCUAUCUCUAUCUAUCUCUCUAUCGAUCUGUAUUCUAUCUAUAUAUCUAUUUCUAUAUAUCUAUUUCUAUCUGUACCUAUCUAUUUCCAUCUAUCUAUAUCUCUCUUUAUCAAUCUCUCUAUUUCUAUAUAUGUCUAAUAAUACUAAUAAAUCUAUCUGUAUCCAUUUUACUGUAUCUAAAUAUGUAUAUUUAUCUAUGUCUGUCUGUCUAUAUCCAUCUUUAUUUCUAUCUGUAUCUGACUCUAUCUAGCUGACUCUAUCUAUCUCUGCAUCUAACCACCAUCUCUCACUCUCUCUGGCACUCUCUCUUUCGCACGCUCGCUCACUCACUCACACUCCUUUUUAAAAUAAGUUUACUUACGGUUUGGAUCCUCCUGCUGUGUCUCCUGCCUUCAGCCUGUCAGCCAGUGCCGAUGCUGUGUGUGCAGGAGAUCUUAUCUCCCACACUGUCAGCUCUGGCUGCUGACAGCAUCCGGGGUUACUACAGGACACGGGAGGCACUUUCACGUUGCCUCCUGUGUCCUGAUAGCAUGUUUGAUGUCUUCAGCUAAGUCUGAAGAUGUCAAACAUGAGUCCUGUGCAGCAGACAGGACUUAACUUGGAAGUCCAUCUGGUGGCCUUCUGAGUGACUGCCACUGGAUAUGUUCCUAGGUUCUAAGUUAAACACUGUAUUUUCUCUAAAAAAUGGUGUUCUCAUGAAAAGGCCUGCAGGGAGCUAUUGUACUCACCUGAACAACCCCAUUAAGCUGAAGUUGUUCAGGUGACUAUAGUGCCCCUUUAACCUCCCCAUCCUCAACCAGAAUCUCACGGAGCAUGAUAGGAGUGAUGCUCCAAUAGGAGCAGAGAACAUUUUCCAUGGUACAUACUCUUAUCUUAUCAUACUCUUAACCACUGUUAGGACUGCUGGCUAUUUGACAGAAGAUGUGAAACCUUUCCACAGCAUUUGGUGUUGGCAUACACACAAAGCUGAUAUUGCCAGACAGAGAGUACACUGCUACCUGAUUGUCUGCUCAGGGAGGUGGCCACACACAGGAAAAAAUUGUGUUGCGUUUUUUGUUUUUAUAAAAUAAAAAUAAAAAGUGCAGGGACUUUACACCGUAACAGUUUCAGUAAUUUGAAGUGCUCCAUAAAUGGUUCCAGUGUUUUUAAGGUUUGCUUAUGUGUAUAUAGGGUAUGCAUCUUAACCCUCAGAUUUCCUCUGUGUCCGCAGGAUUAUUCACUCUAUACGCUGGGCUGAUGCCCACCGUGGUCCGAGCUUUCCCGUCCAAUGCUGCCUUGUUCCUUGCCUACGAGAUGACGAAGAGGAACCUGACAUCUUACUCACAUAGCUGUAACUGAGAUCCUUGGGACUGUUCCUGUACCCCCUCGUCUAAUUCCAGAUUCCCUUUUAUUGUGCCUCCGGAAUCCCUGCGCACAAUCUCAGCCUUACAGUUUUAGGCUAGUUUUUCAAGUCUCCCUUCUCCACGUUCUUUCCAUAUUUCCAUGUAAAGCUCUUUGCUUCCUCAGUCAUCCUACAUUCUCUCAGCUCAUCCUCCCCCUUCUCAGCAUAUUUGCUUCUAAAUUACUUCUGAUUUCGUUCCUCUCUCCGAAUGACAUGCUUUUCCCUAUUCAGCUGACUCAUGGUUUUAAUAGAAUAAAAUAUUUUUGGAUCCGCUUGCUGCAUCUGAUUGGGCUGGAGUGCCAAAGGAUCCGUCUCUGUGUUUCGAGGGCUUUCUAAAAUCAUCCUAAUUUUUGUUCACUUUUACCAUUUUCCUCCCCUGCUUUGCUGUUCUUCUCCUUCUCUGGAAUUCCUCUCAUUUUACGAUCUAUUUCUUCAAACUGUUUCAUUUGCUUUGUGUUUAUUUUGUAGCCUACAUUCUGAGCAGUGCCUGUCAUUAUAGCAGUCUCUCUCACGUCUGUUUUGCUGACACAUAUUCAUGUCCCAUUCCUUUUUAUAUUUCUCCAUUCUCGUUGUUUUCUUCCAACAUUCCGUAUUACUGUUUUUCUUUUUCUGUUUUUUUUUUCUUUUCCCCAGUGAUCUUGCCUUCUUUCCUCUUGUCUGUCACAGCUGCUGACAUUCUUCUUUCCAUCUUUGGUGCUGGGCAGACACCCCUGACUCUAAAGAUAGCCACAUGCAAGGCCUUGCACGCUGCUGUUCUAUCAGUCUCAUGUGCUCCAUCGCUCUGUAUUCCAGUGCUCCAUAACUUCAUACGGUAUCAGUGUACGUCUUGUCUUACUUAUCCCUGCUUCUUCUCUCAUUUUGUUAAACUGUUUACUCCACUUUCUGCUCGUCUGUACUUUAACGCUGGUUUCGCUCUCCCUUUCCUUAUAAUGUCUGCUUUCUGCAUUUUAUGUCUGAAAUAGUUUGUACUGUAUUACUGUAGCAUUGAUUGACCCACUUUUGGUUUUUAUACUGAAAGUUAGUGAUGUGUUUCUCCUCUUUCACUUCUAAUUCAUUUGUAUUUUGUAUAAUGUUGUUUGAACCCAUCUGACCUUAGACUUGAUAAAGAUCCCCGUGUGGGGGGUCUUACGAGCCUGAAUAAAUUCUAAGUGUUACCAUAUAUUUCUUGCAGAGUGAUUACUUGUAAGAAUAUAUAUAUAUUUUUUGUCCGUGUUUCUUCUCUUUCUACCUUGCCUUGCUUGUGAUUGUCCUAUAUACUAACAAGCCUAUUCCCCGUCUGUGGAGAUUAAAGUGACACUGUUCUUUGUGGAAGGUGGUGACUUGUCCUCUUCAUAGGGAUAUCUUGGGGGUAAGAGGGUAUAUGUGUUUAAAAUUAAAUUUUUCAGUUCUGCAAUAUAUUUUUUUCUGUAGCUGUAUGCGAACAGUAGCCAGAUACUAAUGUACUCUUGCACAUGUCAAAGUACAAAAUAGAGAGGCCUGUGGGGAUCCCGUGAGACUGCGAUCCCCCCACAGCUCUUCUCUUAUAUGUACAGUAAGUUACUAUAAUUGUCACUUGGAAAAUCCGAUUUGUAUUGCCAAGGUAUGUCAGAUGGAACAGUCAUCAAAGCUUCGGUAUUUUACGUAAGUAAAGUAGUCUUUUUUUUUUUUGUCUUAUGUAUGUUUUUAAAUCAUUUUGGGAUUUGUGACAUUUCAAUACAAUAGAGAGUCUCUUUCUGAAAAUCUCAGACGUGAGAAUGUUACAUUAAAUUCAGUAACACUAAUCUACAUAUUAGGUUGUUACUAGAAGUAUAUUCUGCAGGUAAGUAUUGAAUCCGUGCACCCAAUAUUGUAUCUUUUUCAGAAUCGAAAGGUGAAAUAGGCUCACCUUGCACUUAAUUUAGCUUAAACACAGUGUAGUAAUUAAAGAUUUAUUUUGAAUUGUAUCCUCUGCCCAGCUUACUGCUUACAUUGCAACUCCUAUUAUGCCAAUUUAUGUUUCCUUUCCAAUUUUCUCUCCAAGUAAUACGCUCUUGGUAUUGCAUACUUACUCCAAGCAAAUUAUCAUGGUUUAAAGAUUUUUUUUUUUUUUCUUUCAUUUAGUUGUUUAUCAUGAGUUCCCAGGCCAUUGGGUUAAAUGACAUUCAGAGUCCGUCUGAUGCGGCUGUGAUGUGUUAUAACAAAGGAUGCGGGCAGACAUUCCUUCUCAAAGACAACAGUGCAGGUAAAAAGCAAUCUAAUACUACCUCUAGUUAAAUGAUCUAUUGCUCCAUUUAGUUAAAGGCACUAAAACAACUUUAGCAUAAUGAAGCAAGUUUGGUGCAUAGUUCAUAGCUCUGCAAUCUCAUGGUUAAAUUCUCUGCCAUACAGGAGUUAAAUCACUUUGUUUAUACUGCUCUAGUCAUACCUCCCUGCAUGGGACUUGUACAGCCUUUCUUAAAGGGACAUUAUAGUCACCCAGACCACUUUAGCUCAAACUGCAGUAAUUGCCUUUAAGGGUUAACUCCACCUCUAGUGACAGCCAAGUCGUUGGGCGUCUUUUGGUCGACUAACUGAUGCUGGACAUUAUCACGCUUGGCAUGAGGACACCCAGCGUCAUGUAGAACCCAAUAGGAAAGCAUUAUACAUGCUAUGGUGGAUCUACUAAUGCGAGUGCGGCCAUUGCCGCUUAUGCGCUUUAGGUCUCCCCGCGAGAGAGUUAAUGUUAAAAUGUCCUUUACUGCGCUUUCUGUUUAAUUGAGAAUUUAUUAUCUCCUGCUCUGUUAAUAGCAUUCUAGACCCAGCAGGAAGCUCCUGUAUUUGAUAAAAUUUAAAGAGCAGGGGAUAAAAACUUCUAAAGCAAGUUAAUAUCUUAAAAUUAAACCAUAUUAUUUCAUGCAGACUGUGAGAGUCACAGCCAGUGGAGGUGUGGCUAGGGCUGCAUAAAUGGAAAGAAAGAUGAUUUAACUCUUAGAUGGCAGAUAAUCUAGCAGUGAGACUGCUAGUAUCCCUUUAAAUGAUCUAUUGGUGCAUUUAGUUACAUAAUCACUAAAAGUAAAUAGAUUGUGUGCAUGUGUAAUGUGUGUGUGUGUGUAUAUGUAUAUAUAUAUAUAUAUAUAUAAAACGAGAAGUCUUGCAUUGUUUACUACUUUUUAAUAUUGGACUAUAAGUACUUUAUAGCGUUUAUUUUCCAUAACUCAGUAGCUUUUUAGACACUUCAAACCUUUAUUAACUAAAGACGCAACAAUAAUUCUUGCAAACUAAAUGGUGUAGCAAACAUUAUAAAAAAAAAUUUAAAAAAAUUAAAAGUGGGAAUGGUUAUUUAGGAGGUGGAAGAAGAGGAUAAAAUGAGGGGAAAAAAGUGGGAGAAAUUAGCAGAAUAGGAUCAGUCUGUCCUACUAAAAUGGCGGCAACAUAUUUGUGACCGGCAGCAUUAGCGCAAAUAAAAUUCGGCUUUGAAUGAAAAACAUGCUUUUGAUUUGAUAUGUCUUUUCCAAAAUCGUAUAGCAUUGGUAAUGUGCGUGUGUAUUCAUAUGUGCGUGUGUAUUCAUAUGUGCGUGUGUAUUUUUGCACAUAUAGGAAGUGAAAAUAUCUAGGGGUUUCAGUAGGUAAGAAUGUUGACCAUUUUUCCGGUUACUCACGUGUUGCGGUUUAGAUUAUUUUUUUUUUUAAUGGAUCACACCAAGCAUCAUAACCACUGUAGCCCACUGAUACGGGUGCAUAUACAACAAUUUAUAGAUCAAAACAUAAAGAUAUACCAGUAAAGGAAUAAAUCUUGGGACACCGUGAUCAAAUAAAUAUAAAUACAAUCGUAAAAGUAAAGGUUUAUUCCUUUACUGGUGUAUCUUUGUUUUGGUCUAUAUUUUUGUUUAGGUUUUGGGGAAAGCACGUGUGUGUAUACCAGUUUGACACAUUUGUUAUCACGGCUUCAUUUUCAGUGCCUGUUACACUUUCAUUUUGUUUAUAUACAACAACUUGCAAUUUGUUUGGAUCCUGACUGUUGCCAAGCUGCACUGAAUGGAAGAAGAAUGACGUUAAGCUUUUAAUUUUUUUUUUUUUUUUUAUUCUUUAUUUUUGUAGUGCAUAGAAACGUAACAGAACGUGCAUGCGGUACCCCAAAGGCAAUCCUCAUGCUUUUUUCAAACAUUAAGUACAGUGAGGUAUAUAUUAGUUCUUGCACAUUUUUAGUGUUAGUUUAAGUAAGAUUAGGCUAUAGCAGGACUUUGCACAAUUCUUGGCACAUUAGAUACAGUCUAAACAACAGGCUAUACAAAAACGUCUGACCACUUGUAUUCUAUCCUAUUCUGCUUAAGUCAUCGACUUCAAAGUGGAUGCUUAAUACUAUAAUUAGGCUUAGUCUGCACGUUUUCCGGUCUGUUGACAUCAUAGAUUAUGCAUAUAGCAUUAAGAUUAAUAAAAUUAAGAAAAAAAAAAAAAAACACAACAGGCUAUACAGUAACAUCUGACCACAUGAAUUCUAUCCUUCUGCUGAAGUCACCGACUUCAUAGUGUAUGCUUAAAACCAUAAUUAGGCUUAUGUUGCACGUUUGCUGAUCUGAUGACAUCAUUGACUAUGCAUAGGUAUAAAUUCAAGUGAGUACUACAGGCUUGUACUAGGAACUGUCUGCAACUUUAAACUGCAGGUUAUACUAGGUCGCACGUUUGUUGGGCCUAGGCUGUAGCAUUAAGAUUAAUAAAAUUUAGAAAACACAACCGGCUAUACAAUAAUGUCUGACCACAUGAAGUCUGUUAUAUUCUGCUUACGUAAUCGGCUUUAAAGUGUAUGCUUAAAACUAUAUUUAGGCUUAGUCUGCAUAUUCGCUGAUCAGUCAACAUACUGUGCUAGGCCAUUUUGUUCAGAGUGUUUCAUUAGCUACUACUUUAUGCUAAACAUCAUGUUAGGACCCCUACUGGGCCUAGGUGCCAAUACGAAUAACAUUGCUAUAUGAGUAUUAUUCUGUAUGAACUUAUAUGGGACAGUCUGUGCGGUGGAGACCUGCAGUAUUUCGCUGCAUGGUUUGCAGGGGCACAAAUUGUCUCUUAUUCAGUCCGCCCUGUUUAGCCGACUCCGGCUCUGUCGCUUUGGCUGUUGGGCUCAGCUGGUACCCCCAUGAGGUUCCGAUUUGGCUGGAAAGGUGGGUACCUUGAUGGGGCUCCGUCUUUCAGGAGAGCCCUCCGGCCUGGAAUGUUCCCGUUGGGCGGCUCCGCAGUGUGAUCAUUAUCGCUGUCGGCUCUGCAUGACCUCCUCUGUCGGGUGGCGCUUUGCGGGAUAGUUGUUGCCAAGAUCGCCUGUUGGUGUGCAGGUCGGGUACUCUUGCGGGUUCCAUUCUCGAUUUUAAAGGUGCGUGUAUUGGCCUGUCGGGAUGCCAGGCUGGAGCCCCGUGGGGGGUUCCACGGCAGGCAGCGGCGAGUCGCAGGGCGGAUCCACGCUGCCAGCGCUUUCACCGCCAGUCGGAAUGGCCGUCUCCUGGCAUUAAGCUUCUCCCACAGGUAUGAACGGAGCCUGUUGAAGAACUCCGUUGUGUGCUUGGGUGGCUUGGGAGGGGAGUGUUUCUUCCCGCGCUGUGCUCGCGCCGCCAUCUUAGCUGGGCCUUUUCGUCCCUGUUUGGGCUCGGAUUUGUCGCUUGGGAUUGCAAGAGGGUGGUCCGCGAUAACCCCCGCCGGACCAUAGGGGGGGGAACGAGGGCUCUGGGUCGAGGUUCUCACCGUCGUUGGCGGCAGGAGAGUGGCCGUCUCUCUUGUGCCCGCCAUGCUGGUAGGCCUCGGUGGGGUGUCGGGUGCGUAUCACUAGAAACGGCGCUUGUCGGGUACCAACUUGUGCACCCCGUUGUCCCCUUGCUUUUGGUGGUAUUUGUGUAGCUUUAGGUCACCUUUUGAGUGACACAGAUUGCUGUUUAGUCGAUUUGAAGCAGGAGCUCAUGCAACCUACGACCAUUCAGCAUGGCCUCCAAGCCCCGCCCCCCCUACGUUCAGCUUUUUAAAAUGCCUUUAACCCACAUUUUGCUUUUUUUUUUUUUUUUUAAACCCACAGAUGCUUGCCUCUUUCACCCUGGGUACCCCAUAUUUCAUGAUGCCCUAAAGGUCAGUGUGCAUCUGUUUUGUUUCUUGUCACAUUCAUCUUUUAUUUAGUUUAUUUGAGAAUUGACUUAUUCUUGUUUCCUCUAGGGCUGGUCCUGCUGUAAAAAACGCACAACGGACUUCUCAGAAUUUCUAGCAAUCCAGGUAAAUUUUAUGGUGCUAUUUUAUACUUUCUUCGGAACCGCCUUGUGCCAGCAUGGUGUAGGUGGUAUGAUCUGUGUGAUUAGUCCACGUCACUUAUCAUCCCAGUUGGCAGUGUGCCAUACUUGGCCAUUUGCUCUUUUAAGUGUGAAUAAAAAAAAUCUUUCAGAGACCUGCAAUGCACACAGUCUAUUAGUAUGCAAAACGUGGACAUUCUUGGAAUAAAAAUCCAAGUUUGUAGUGCACGCUAGCAAAUAUUGAAAACAAGAACAGAAAAAAAGAAGUCUCCUUUAUUUUGUCAGAGCUUGAAAUGAACAUAAAGAUUUGUACUCGUCCCAAAGGCAGUGCUUGCUUUCAUACUUCAAAUCAAUUGGAGCCUCUUGCAGAAUUGUGCACCAUUACUAUGCUAUAGGGGGUUUAUGGCACAUUCACAAGUGGCUCUGGUAAAUCUUAAUAAGAGAAGCAUGAGCACGCUAACACAGAAGUUGUUCUAGUACACAGUCACUGCUUCCCAUUAGUUUCAGUGGAAGCUCCCCAUAGGAAUUGCUCACGUUUUCUCUUAUCGUAGGGCUGUACCAAAGGUCCUCACAGUAAUGAAAAACCAUUGGAACCUCUUAGACCGGAAGUAUCUGGAACCAAAAGCAAAUCAGACUCUGGAUCAAACUCCUGUACAGAGAUAAUUGUGCAAGGCCCAAAAUCUGCUGAAAAGAUGCAGAAAGAGAGACCCAGGUAAGGUGACGGAUUUUUCUUUCUAUAUGCACUUAGUAUUUAGUGCACAUAGAAUCUCAUUGGUAAUACACUGAGUGAGCACAAGUUAUUAUUACUACUAUUAUAAUUAUUACUCUCUGGGUAUGUAGAGUACAGUGAGCUCUGUGUAGAGUACAGUGAGCUCUGAAUUAUUACUCACUCAGUAUGUAGAGUACAGUGAGCUCUGCAUUAUUACUCACUCAGUAUGUAGAGUACAGUGAGCUCUGCAUUAUUACUCACUCAGUAUGUAGAGUACAGUGAGCUCUGCAUUAUUACUCACUCAGUAUGUAGAGUACAGUGAGCUCUGCAUUAUUACUCAGUAUGUAGAGUACAGUGAGCUCUGCAUUAUUACUCACUCAGUAUGUAGAGUACAGUGAGCUCUGCAUUAUUACUCACUCUGUGUGUAGAGUACAGUGAGCUCUGCAUUAUUACUCACUCAGUAUGUAGAGUACAGUGAGCUCUGCAUUAUUACUCACUCAGUAUGUAGAGUACAGUGAGCUCUGCAUUAUUACUCACUGUGUGUAGAGUACAGUGAGCUCUGCAUUAUUACUCACUCAGUAUGUAGAGUACAGUGAGCUCUGCAUUAUUACUCAGUGUGUAGAGUACAGUGAGCUCUGCAUUAUUACUCGCUCUGUAGAGUACAGUGAGCUCUGCAUUAUUACUCACUCAGUGUGUAGAGUACAGUGAGCUCUGCAUUAUUACUCACUCUGUGUAGAGUACAAUGAACUCUGCAUUAUUACUCACUCUGUGUGUAGAGUAUAGUGAGCUCUGCAUUAUUACUCACUCUGUGUAGAGUACAGUGAGCUCUGGAUUAUUACUCAGUGUGUAGAGUACACUGAACUCUGCAUUAUUACUCACUCAAUAUGUAGAGUACAGUGAGCUCUGCAUUAUUACUCACUCAGUAUGUAGAGUACAGUGAGCUCUGCAUUAUUACUCACUCUGUGUGUAGAGUACAGUGAGCUCUGCAUUAUUACUCAGUGUGUAGAGUACAGUGAGCUCUGCAUUAUUACUCACUCAGUGUGUACAGUACAGUGAGCUCUGCAUUAUUACUCACUCAGUGAGUAGAGUACAGUGAGCUCUGCAUUAUUACUCACUCAGUGUGUACAGUACAGUGAGCUCUGCAUUAUUACUCACUCAGUGUGUAGAGUACAAUGAGCUCUGGAUUAUUACUCACUCUGUGUAGAGUACAGGAAGCUCUGGAUUAUUACUCAGUGUGUAGAGUACACUGAACUCUGCAUUAUUACUCGCUCAGUAUGUAGAGUACAGUGAGCUCUGCAUUAUUACUCGCUCUGUAGAGUACAGUGAGCUCUGCAUUAUUACUCGCUCUGUAUGUAGAGUACAGUGAGCUCUGCAUUAUUACUCAGUAUGUAGAGUACAGUGAGCUCUGCAUUAUUACUCGCUCUGUAUGUAGAGUACAGUGAGCUCUGCAUUAUUACUCGCUCUGUAGAGUACAGUGAGCUCUGCAUUAUUACUCGCUCUGUAUGUAGAGUACAGUGAGCUCUGCAUUAUUACUCAGUAUGUAGAGUACAGUGAGCUCUGCAUUAUUACUCGCUCUGUAUGUAGAGUACAGUGAGCUCUGCAUUAUUACUCGCUCUGUAGAGUACAGUGAGCUCUGCAUUAUUACUGUAUGUAGAGUACAGUGAGCUCUGUAUGUAGAGCAUUAUUACUCACUCAGUGUGUAGAGUACAGUGAACUCUGCAUUAUUACUCAGUGUGUAGAGUACAGUGAGCUCUGCAUUAUUACUCAGUGUGUAGAGUACAGUGAGCGCUGCAUUAUUACUCAGUGUGUAGAGUACAGUGAGCUCUGCAUUAUUACUCAGUGUGUAGAGUACAGUGAACUCUGCAUUAUUACUCAGUGUGUAGAGUACAGUGAGCUCUGCAUUAUUACUCAGUGUGUAGAGUACAGUGAACUCUGCAUUAUUACUCACUCUGUGGGUAGAGUACAGUGAGCUCUGCAUUAUUACUCACUCUGUGUAGAGCACAGUGAACUCUGCAUUAUUACUCAGUGUGUAGAGUACAGUGAGCUCUGCAUUAUUACUCAGUGUGUAGAGUACAGUGAACUCUGCAUUAUUACUCACUCUGUGGGUAGAGUACAGUGAGCUCUGCAUUAUUACUCACUCUGUGUAGAGCACAGUGAACUCUGCAUUAUUACUCAGUGUGUAGAGUACAGUGAGCUCUGCAUUAUUACUCAGUGUGUAGAGUACAGUGAACUCUGCAUUAUUACUCACUCUGUGGGUAGAGUACAGUGAGCUCUGCAUUAUUACUCACUCUGUGUAGAGCACAGUGAACUCUGCAUUAUUACUCAGUGUGUAGAGUACAGUGAGCUCUGCAUUAUUACUCAGUGUGUAGAGUACAGUGAACUCUGCAUUAUUACUCACUCUGUGUGUAGAGUACAGUGAGCUCUGCAUUAUUACUCACUCUGUGUAGAGCACAGUGAGCUCUGGAUUAUUACUCACUCUGUGUGUAGAGUACAAUGAUCUUUAUGUUCUCUGCAUUAUUACUAAAGAUUUCUGGUUUACAUAACUUUAGUAUACUCCUGCUUUUUGAAGACAUUCUACCUCCUAAUUCCCUCAGUGUUUCCUACAUUCAUCUUUGUUCAUUCUUUAUGUUUGUGCCCUAAGUUUUCACUAUAGAGAACAUUUAUUAGGGAGAAGUACCAGCAGCAAAUUUUUUUCUAAAGUUCCACUUCAAGUGGCAUACUAGGCCGUUUGCACUAAUUCAUUCAAUAAGUGUUAUCGUAUUGAUUUAAUGGGAUCAUCUCUUCCCAUUAACUACCCCUAUAUUUAAAAACGUGUUCGACGUCUGAAAAUUUUAAAUGUGGAAAUCCAUGACACUGUAUUUACCUCUGUCCUGUAGCUGAACACAUCCGUCUUGGAUCCACAAUCAACUAUUGCCAAAAGUUCUGCAUUGUUGCCCCUAUCACUCAGCAUAAAGGGAGGAGGUGGGAAAAAAACAAAACAUUUGUUUCUUCUCCUGAAGUGACAUGUGUGCCUUGGCUGUGCCAGGACUGUACUGGAUUGUGAUGUUAUUUGCUAAAUCUUAAUAUACAUUUUAAACAGAAAUGGAUCAUCACGUAUACGAAGGUUAACACAAAUUAUGUGAUUUAUCAAUGUUUUAUUCAGUGUUGUAAUUUGCUUCUAAUUAUUAACGCAGACCUGAAUGUUGUAAAUUCUGCCUGUGUUGAUUUUCAGUGCACAGGAACAAAUGCGGCCUCUUACGUUCAAAGUAUCUCGCUCACUUGAAGAGGUGCUGGAGAAGCUUCGCUUGGAGGCCAAAGAGGUGUCUGUGCAAAAAGGUGAGUGCGUAGACAAAUGGCAGUAGGGUGAUCGCUGUUGGUUAUUAGAUUCGAUAAUGUAUUUUCUUUUUUGCAGCCGAGACUGAUGUUGCAGUUGUUGGAACAAGGUGUAAACAUUCAGGCUGUAAAGAGGUGAGCUCCAUUGAUGUUUAUGAUUUUACACUUGUAUGUUUUUAAUACGUAUCCACAUGAAUUGUUCAGCUCAAACUACUGGUGCUGUUUUCUGCAGGUAUAUCAAGGGCCAGAAAGUGAUGCAGGAACAUGUGUUUAUCACCCCGGAGUUCCAGUCUUCCAUGAGGGGUAAGAAAUAUGGACAUCCGCCAUACGUGCUAAUAGCUACAAUCACUUACGGGAUAGGUGUCGCACUACCUAUCCUCAAACCUAAUAAUAAAAAAAUAAGUGGUGAAGAUGGUUAAAUCCCAUAGCUGUCCAGAGAAUCCACACUCUUUAUAUAUUCAAAGUUAAAACAAGCAAUUUACAUCACUUCAAAUGCAAUGGAAACCCCUCUGUUAUUUUGGGAGGAGUCUGUUGAAGGUGUUUUGCCGAAUUAUUCUUUUUUUGAAAUAUAUAUAAAUCAUAUUAAAAUUGUAAAAUGGGUUGCUGAAUGAAUUACAACACAAAUGGAAAACUGUCCUCAAAGCGCUAUGUGCAUCUUGUGGCUGCUUAUCAUAGCAAGUUGUAAACCACUAUCAGCGCUAGAUUUACUAUUGAGAGGUACUGGUUUCAAAACCGUUUUAAACCUCUCACUUGUACCCCUUGUAGUGAUGCCAGGAUGUGAUAUCCCUGUCCUGGCAUCAUUGCAGAGAGACAGAGGGAGCUUUUCAGCUCUCUGUGUAAUGUGUGCACAGAGAUAUCUCGCAACACCAGGGAUUCAGGAUAUGAUUCACUCCAAGUCUCCCCCAGCAAAGGUAGGAAAAGGGAGACUGGGUGAACCUCAUUAUGGGAAAAGCAUUAAUAGAAAUCAUGUAUGUGUAUUUGUCAUGAUGUGUCUAUAUUAAUUCACUAUUGCAUUCUACUUUUAAGCAGCACAGACUGUUCUAGUAGCAUCAAUGUUAACCCUUUCUGACAAAGUGCCAUUAAUUGUAUCCCCUUUUUUUUUAUUUAUUUUUUUAUAUCUUCGUGUUCCCACUUAGUGACUAUCCGGGUAAAGUAAGAAUUUAAAGUGAAUUUCAAGUUUAAGGUCAAAAUAGAUGAACUGGAAAAAAAAUGUCAAGUCAGCAAUGCCUUCAGCUCGGCUACUCUGGCCUUGAAUUUUAAAUUCACUUUUAAUUCUCACUUUAGUAAAUAACCCUGACUAUUAGCAAUUUGUGGAGAAUUGCAAGAUAAAUUUAGACUACAGUAGACCAUUUGGAGACUUUUUACAGCAUUUUACAUAUUUUUUUUGGACUUCACUUUGCAGCUCCCUUGUCCACAAUUCCGACUUUAGUGACAAUCCAUGUGUGGCUUCUUGCACAACGCCAGUGUCUGUUACAGUGCUCAUAAUAUCCAUUUAUUUUCAGCAUGAAGUACUGGUCCUGUUGUGCCAUUAGAACCAGUGACUUUAAUGAAUUUCUGGAUCAAAAAGGGUGCAGCUCAGGGAAGCAUCUGUGGGUUCAGAUAGCAGGAAAAAAGGUGAGGAGAGAAUGGUGUAAUGAGCCGAAACGUCUGUGUAAUAAUUAUGGCCAAAAUAUGAUUUUAUUGGGACAACAGGAACUUUUUUUUUUAUCGAGAGUUAGAAAUGUUUCCAGAGAUUUUUAAAGGGUUAAUUUCUUAAAUCUUUCUGUGUAUACAUUUUCCUUAAAAGAAAAAUAGGUGUUCGGCAUAAAGAAUUCUGGUUUCCACUGUGACUGCUUCACUUCUAGAACAUUGCGCUGGAAUUGUUCUUUACACAUAACGUCCAGUGUUUAACCCUGUGACCAAACUUCUGGAAUAAAAGGGAAUCAUGACAUGUCAUGUGUCCUUAAGGGGUUAAACUAUUGUUGCAUGGAACUCAGGGGGUUCUGAGCUCACUUUUUUAGAACUCCAUAUAGUCAUAUCAGAAGAUCAGGAAAUACUCAGAGCUUUAUAUGUCCUGUAUACUCAUGGUUAUACUGCCAUAUUUAUUAUUGCUACUACAGAAUUAAUGACACAUUUAUCAGUCUCUCUCUUGCGCUGUCCGUAUAGUAUUCAGUGCGUAUUGUCUAUCAAUUCACUAUACUAAGAGAAUAAGUUAUUAAAAGGCCUGUAAACCACCUGUAUAUGUUAACCGAGCCUUAUGUUCUGCCAGUCUCAUUGAGGAAUAUAGACAAAUAUUUCCUUUUACCCCCAUUUGCAUAUAAUGAAUCCGCACCUCAUAUCUCCCCCUUUAUAUUCCAGGAAGUCUCAUGUCGUUAUGAUUGGCACCAGACGGGUAGUCUUGUUGUCAUCACUAUUUAUGCUAAAGCAGCCCUUCCCGAGCUCAGCAGUGUUCAUGCUAAUCGCACAACGGUAACAACGGGGACUUGCAGUUUAAAUAGCUAUUACUGGUAUUAGUAGGCCUUAUUAUGUGUAUGGAUGUAUGGCAUGGAAGGCACGUCUGGGAUCGGUCUACAUUUGCAUUGUUUGGGUUAUGGUUUUGUGGAAUGGUGAUAGAUGGGAGCAAAGCUUUAAUGAGGACCUGGCAUGGAAAAAAAAUUUCGAACAAUUUUACUUCUUACUUGGGGUUUGCUCCCUGCCUCCAUCAGAGCCUACUGGAGAGCCAGAAGCUCUGUCUGAGCUAGCCCUGCACUGCCGGGCUUAUCUCAGGCGAGCUAAUAGACGCUAUCAUGGUAGCUGAGAGUUGACACGGAGUCGUGCCUUGCGUACCCCAGGCAUGAAGUCAAACCUUUCUAAAUUGGUUUGACUACUUACAUUGGGGGAUGCCAAGACUCUCCUGGUGUACUAUAGUGGUUACGGUGCUUGGAGCAUUCCCAAGUGGUGUCUUGCAAAAUGGUUUUACCACUUACCGUGGGGAGUGCCAGGGCACCCCUGACACCAUAACCACUACACCACACUGUAGUAUUCAUGGUAUUUAGAAUUAAUUCAUAAACCUUCUUGCAUAAUUUAACAUGCAUCAAUGGCAUUUCUUCGAUUUUUGGAGAACAAGUUCAGUAAGGGUGACCAAAAGGUAGAUGAUGUUGAUUCUUACUUCCCCCUCCACUACUGUUUUGAGGAAGGUCAUAAUAUAGAAUUAAACACACAAGAAUCAAAACAAUUUGACAGACCACCUGAAAUCGCUUACCCCAGCAGUAAAGGUUAGUGUAACAAACCCCUGCUUUAUAGAUUGUAAAAAAUCACUUUCCAAGAUGGCUUCUGUUGCAUAUCCUCAUCAUAACCGUGUUUUCUAGAAUCUCACGUGUAGCUCUCUGACUUCCAUUGUUUAUCCUGUCACCUGGUGUCCUGACCCACAGCAGGGUCUUCUGGUUCUUUGUGGGAGGCUUUAUGGUCUUAAUCUGUAGUCUCUGGACAUGGCUCUUCACCUCCCAGCUACAAUCUUAAUGUUCAUGUAAUGGUAUCCAGAGGCUUGAGUUUCUGGAAUUAAUCAUUAUAAAGAAUCGUUAAUGCCAAUGUUGUAGUAAUUACACUUAUCUUUUCUAAGAUUGACAUCCAGAUUUCCUUCCAAGAGAAGAGCGAGUUCAAGCGUCAGCUGGAAUUAUGGGGUGUAAGUAACGUAUAUAAGGACUCUAUAAAGUGGCAAACUGCGAUGUAAGUACCAUCUUUCCUCGUACUACACAGCCGAGAGGGAUGGAAGCUAGGAAGCAGGAGCACCGAAGCCCUAACUCAGUGGUUAAGCUGUUAUCAACUGGUUUAGCCCCUGAUGGUAAAAAAAAAAUGGCCGAACACACCUGCCCCAUAACGUAAAUAAGCUUCCAUCGUUAUGGAUGGGAGUGUUCCUUUAAGCAUUAGUCAGAAACAUAUCUAGUAAAAUGGUUAAAAUGUAUCCAGCUCCCUGUGUAAAUCCUUCACUCAUUCUAAAGAAGGUUUGCAGUACCGCUUCUACAGUCUCAUUAAACACUGCACUUGUGAAAAUAGAGAACUUAUAUUGUGUAAAUAUGUGACACGGAUUUAUUAAAACCUCACAGAAGCUUCACAUUUAAAAUAAAAAGGAACAAAUAAACACAAGAUAAGAUGCAGCAAAGAGUCCCCUCCGUCGGCAAUAUCCGUCGGCAAUAUUGUAACUUUAAAAUGUCACGCUCUGCUUGAAGCUCUACUACCCUAUCAGAUUUUAUUAACUAAAGUGUGAAUUCAAAGUGAACAUACAGUUUACACUCAGCAUAACUAAACUGAAAGAAUAAACAACUAUGAUUUUUUUUACGGUUUGGCUAUUUUGAAUUAUAAAUUCACCUUGAAGUUUUCAGUAUGCGCUCCUUACACCAUUGAGGGUAUGAACAGAAGACUACAUUUCAGGGAUAACCACUUAAGUGAAGAAUCAAGGAGAAUUUCAAAUUUAGGUUUAAAUUUGCCAAAUUAAAAACCUUUUCUUAGUCUGCCAUGCUUUCCAUGCAGCCAAUCUGGUUUAGAACUUGAAAUUCAGUUUUCAUUCCUACUUUAGUAAAUAAUCCUGUUGUUAGUGUUGCCAUAGUGUUGUUUAAGGGUUUUUUUUUUUUUUUUUUAUAACUUUUUUUUAAUGUAAUUGCCAAUAUUUAUGUUCAGUAUUUGAGGGGAUAGUCUACAUUUACAAAUGUUCUAAUGGUUCCUCAGGUUAUCGAUGUAGACAAAAGUUUUGUGAACUUGCUACCCACAAAAGUGGAGAUCACGCUAAGGAAAUCAUACCCUGUGACAUGGGGGCGCCUAGAACUGUCGGCAAUUUCCACACAACCUUCUCCUGAGUGCGAACCACAGCCAACAUGUGAGCCUCUCCAGGAUAAAGGUGAAGAAUCAGAUGACUGCCUGAGUUGGUCGGAAGAUGAAGAAUUUAGCGACUGA